AUGUCGUUUCCACAAACAACUCCGGUCCGGCCAGUUCCAGGCGCCUUCUUGAAUACGCCGGCCGUCGCCUCGAGGUUUCAGUCGGGCUCUGAUUCUGUGCGCCGACAGCUCUUCACUGGCAACGAUAGCAACCAGGCCGUCUCGCAUAAGAGCUCGGCGCCUGUCUCGUCAUCGCGAAGUGUCACAGCUACUGCGCCAUCUGCACCAAGGGCAACUAGCAACGAUAAUCUGAUUGUCCCUACUGCGCUGCCACCUCUUCGAUCCGAAAAUGUCCCCCCCGUUGUCAAGGCGGCCAGGGCCAUCAAUGCCUGUCUCCAGUCUGAUGGCCGGUAUCCCGACUUGGAUUCAUACUGUCGACAGGGCGCGUCGUCCGACUACGACCUUGAAAAUACCGAUUCUGCGAUGGCCCCCUUCCACAAAACUCAGAUGUACCCCAUUCCGAACCAAGUCUUCGACCAUUACAACGCUGGCGAGCUUCAGACUCUGAUGGGACUCUUUGCUGAGAUCAACCACGCCUGGGUCGUUAUUGAUAACUCGCUGUUCCUAUGGGACUACACACACCCUGACCCCGAGCUGAUCGGGUUCGAGGACCAACCACAUACUAUCCAAGCUGUCGCGCUCGUGCCUCCUAAACCAGGCAUUUUCGUCAACACCAUCACACACAUCCUCGUUGUUGCGACUUCUUCAGACAUUGUUUUGCUAGGUGUCUCGGCCACCGCUACCCCUUCAGGCUCCAAGACAGUAUCUCUUUACCAAACGAAAAUGCAGCUCCCCCUUCGUGGUACCGACGUCCGUGUUAUUACUGGAUCUGCCAACGGUCGAAUCUUCUUUGGAGGAAGCAACGACAUCGACAUUAAUGAACUUUACUAUCAAUCUGAGGAGAAGUGGUUUUCAAAUAGGUGCGGUAAGAUCAACCAUACGAAUCCCGGCUGGUCCUCAGUUGUCACACUGCAAGGUGGAUUCUGGUCUCAUAAGACCCCCGAACACCUUGUUGAUAUCGUGAUCGACGAUUCGAGAAACCUCGUGUAUACCCUCUCGAGCCGAUCGACCAUCCGAACAUACCAUAUGGAAGGCCCCGACCGACUGAACAAGGUUAUUGAGAAGGAGAAGGUCCACUGUCUUCGCGACAUUGCUCACAUGAUCAACCAAUCUAGGUUGUUGAGUGACCAAGUCAGCAUUGUCUCGAUCAGCCCUAUCUCCAAGCAGGAAGCGGCCAAGCUUCACUUGAUGGCUCUGACAAACACCGGGUGCCGUCUAUUCUUCAGCGCGACCAGUGCUGCAUCCUACAUUUACGGUUCCUCGACAAACCUGGCACCCCAAAGUAUGCAGGUCCAGUUCAUCAAGUUCCCUCCUGGACAAACCUCUCGUCGGUCUACUUACCCUGGUUCCGAGUCGAUCACUGAUUCCGAAUCCACCUCGCUGUCCUACAGCCGACAAGGUGCUCGAUUUGCCCCUGGAUAUUUCUUGGAUUUUGUGAGCAAAGAAUCUAAUCCCAAUGAGGAUACCCUCUUUGUUUCUGGACCUGAGACGGGACGUCUUAAGAACACGUCCCCGACAUCUCCUUUCAAAUACCAUGAAUCUGCCAGCUGGAUUGACAUUGGCAGCCGAGCUGAAGCUGUUGGAUUAAUCACAAAACCUUUCGCAGCGGCACCACAACCACUUGGCUUCGGUAAUGAGUUGGCUGUGCAAUUCGACGAUGCGCCUAGCGAAUUCGCAAUUCUCACCAACACUGGUGUACACAUCGUUCGACGAAGGCGCUUUGUGGAUAUCUUUGCUUCUGCUAUUCGAGGUGCUGUUGGAGAUGAGGGGUUGGAACUGGUCUGCCGCCGCUUUAUUAACAAUUAUGGUCGCGUGGAGACUGUUACUACCGCUCUGGCUGUUGCUUGUGGUCACGGAGGUGACUCUAAACCUGGUGCAGCUCGUGCUAUCGACCAGGCAACUGAAGAUCGAGCACGAUCCGUAUUUGUCGACUUUGGUGGGCAGCCUACGAUGGCCGAAACCGACAGCUCAUCCCUUACAACCGAUUCCAUUAACCUCUCGUCCCGACACGACGCUCUAGCUCUGUAUCUUUCCCGACUGGUACGCCAGUUGUGGAAGUCAGUAGUCAUCGCUCCGGGUGUUUCUCCUAAUGGCGGUGUCACCAUCGGUUCUACAAUUCCCCUUUCCAAGUUGAAUACUGUUCAGGAGAACUUGGAGCGUCUAAGGAGGUUCCUUGAUACCAACCGUGGCCUCAUCCAAGGCUUGUCUGGCCCAUCUGACCUCCAACAUGUAUCUAGUCGCCAGGAGGAAGUUGCUCUUCAGGCCGAACAUCAAGCCCUUCAUGCUCUUCAGAAGCUGAUGGAGAGCAUCUCGGAGGGUAUCUCGUUUGUGCUUAUGCUAUUCGAUGAGCGGGUUGCUGAUAUCUACACUCGCCUCGACGCUACAGCUCAACAACAACUCAAGGAGCUGACAUACGAGAAGCUCUUUUCUCAAACUGACGGCAAGGACCUUGCUAAGCUGCUCGUUAAGGCCAUUGUUAACCGCAAUAUCGAGAGUGGCUCCAACGUUGAAACUGUUGCUGACGCCCUUCGAAGGAGAUGCGGCAGCUUCUGUAGCCCAGAUGAUGUCGUUACUUUCAAAGCCCAGGAGCAGCUUAAGCGGGCUUCUGACCAACCUCUUCAGACCAACCAGUCGCGAAGCCUACUCCAUGAGAGCUUGAGGCUCUUUGAGAAGGUUGCUGGUAGCCUCACUUUUGCCAACCUUCAGAGUGCUGUGGAACAGUAUAUCGCCCUCAAGUACUAUGCCGGUGCUAUCCAGCUGUGCCUUGUGGUCGCCCGGGAGAAGGACAGGGGUAACACAGCUCUGUCCUGGGUCAACGACGGCAAGCCCUCCGGAGACCCUCGUGCCAAUGCUUUCAAUGAUCGCAAGCGGUGUUACGACAUGAUCCAUGACGUUCUGAGUCACUUGGACGCUGCAUCAAGCAGUGAGCCUGAAAUGGUCGAUGGCAGGCUGACGUUGAUUGCUACCAAGAGGCUUGAGGCCUACGAGGUGGUGAACGGGUCGGAUGACGAGGUGUUCCACUUUGACCUCUAUGAAUGGUACAUCCAACAAGGCUGGACAGAUCGAAUUUUGGCUAUCGACUCACCCCACGUUAUUACUUUCCUCCAGCGACUUGCUGGUACAAACAUUGAGCAUGCUGACCUGCUCUGCCGGUUCUACACCAACCGAAGUCGAUUCUUUGAUGCAGCCGAGGUGCAGGCGGAGCUUGCCAACUCCGACUUCCCCAUCAGUAUCAAAGACCGAAUCAGAUUGCUCAGCUUGGCCAAGGCGAAUGCCAACGUUUCAACGACUGGUGUUAGCCGACAGCAACAGCAGCUGCUGAACCACAGUGUCACAGAGCUGCUUGAGAUUGCCCACAUCCAGGAUGAUCUCCUGGAACGUUUGAGAGCUGACGACCGUAUCGACCCUGAGAGAGCCCUCGAGAUUGAGGAAGCUCUCAAGGGCAAGAUCCAGGGACUCUCCGAGCUCUUCAACGACUAUGCCGACCAAGCCGGUUACUACGACCUUUGCCUGCUCAUCUACCAUGUUGCUGAUUACCGCAACCAUAUGACGAUUUCGGGUACAUGGAGCAACCUGAUUCAACAGACACACGAUGAGGUCAUGUCUCGCCUAGAGAACUCAGAACCAGGAAUGCCAUCGCCCCCUUUGCCUUACGAGUCUGUGACCAGCAAGAUCCAAAACAUCGCCCACCGCACAUCCCUCGACAGCUUCAUCUUCCCCAUCCAAGACCUACUUCCUGAGCUCUGCCGUUACGCAGUGGCUUACCAACAAGAUGCUACAAUCGGCGCUGAUCCCACCUGGCCCGUCCAACUAUUCCUUACGUUGGGCGUCUCGCAUGACAUGAUUGUCCGUGUUCUGGAGGGCGUUUUCGAUAGUCAAGACUACGGCUUCAGUGGAUCUGUGCGAAACCGCAUGAUUGAACUCAUCGUUUAUGUGGUCAACGACUGGGUGGCUGAAGCCCGUCGACGUGGAGGUGCCGGAAAGGGUGGUGCUAUUGGCCCCUCUGUAGCCGACCUCCUCAAGAGAUGCGACGCCGCCCUGCCACCACCCGGACAUGGAAACAACGCCGGCGGUGCAGACCUUGCUGAUGUCAGGCGAGUUCUCAAGCUGCUGAAGAGAGAGGUGGAUGGUUUGUCACAACGGGUUCCGACGGGAAGCCUCAGAUUUGCAUAG